AAAAAAAAAAAAAACACUCGGCGGGACGGCAGCGCAGGUCCACGCGGGCGCAGCGGAGGCAACGCGAUGGUGGCUCGCCGCUUCGUGGUCCGGCAUGGCCCCGCCGCCGCAGCCGGUGGCUCCGUCGAGCGGGAGGAGGAGGAGGAGCACGAGGUGGAGUACGAUACGGAGCACGGCCUCGACGUCCUCCGCCUCCAGAUCUUCUCCCUCACCGCCGUCCCGCCCGACCUCCAGAAGAUCGUGGUGGAGGCGGAUGGGUUGGUGGUGGACGACGGCACCGAUCUGGAAACCGUCUCUGAGCGCCUGCGCCUCCUCGCUAUCGGCGAGGAGGAGGAAGACGCCGCCGCAGCGGCCAGGGCGCAGGAAAAGUCCGAUGAGGAAUUCGCACGGAUGCUACAGGCGGAGGAAGAGGCACUUCUCCUACAACAGUACAGUAUACAAAAUGAUGGUGGAGAUGUGUUUAGACAGAGAGUUGAGCCUUACAUGCACCAGGUUCUGAUGUAUGAAGAUCCAGUGGGACAAGAGGCAGCACGUAAGACAGUUCCAAUAUGCGAACUGGAGGAGAAGGCAUUGGUUUCACUGGCCAAGGAAGGGAAUUUCAAUCCUUCGAAUGAUGAAGAGAAGCAUGGCUUUCUGCUGCAAUUGCUUUUCUGGUUUAAGCAAUCAUUCAGAUGGGUUAAUGCAGCACCUUGUGACAGCUGUGGUCGUGAGACAUCCAAUGUUGGAAUGGGCACCCCACUUACCUCAGAAAUCAAAUUUGGCGCUUCACGUGUUGAGAUUUAUAGGUGUAACCAUUGUUCUAGUAUCACCCGUUUCCCAAGGUACAACGAUCCACGUAAGCUUAUACAAACUAGGAGAGGUCGCUGUGGAGAAUGGGCAAAUUGCUUCACAUUCUACUGUCGAGCUUUUGGAUAUGAUGCUCGUUUGAUUCUGGAUUUCACUGAUCACGUGUGGACAGAAUGUUUUUCAAACUUGUACGGGAGGUGGAUGCACCUAGAUCCAUGCGAAGGAGUCUACGACAAUCCCCUACUGUAUGAGAAAGGGUGGAACAAGAAGUUAGAUUAUGUUAUUGCGAUUUCUAAAGAUGGAGUACGUGACGUAACAAAACGCUACACCAGAAAGUGGCAUGAGGUUCUCUCUAGGCGAACAAUUACCUCUGAAGAAACUGUUGUGGCUGUUCUAUCAUCUAUAACAGGGAAGUAUCGCACUGGUUUGUCAACUGAUGCUCUAUCAGUCAUAGAAAAUCGUGAAAAGGAGGAGUCUGAGGAACUUAGCAAAUCUGCUUAUCUUCAAGUUGAAACAGCUUUAUCCUUACCUGGAAGGCUAAGUGGUUCUGUGGAAUGGAGGAAAGCAAGGUCAGAGUUGGGCCAAGCAGAUUCACUCAGUUGCUCAUCCUGCCCUAUUCGGAAAUGUGUGGAUGCUCAUGUUUCAAAUAUAUAUGAUGCUCUUUCUGCUUUUCUUUCACAUUUUUGUGACAAAAAAGUCCCUAAAGAAAGAAUUAUUGAAGUUUUUGACACAUUGAAGACUUUGAUGCUAACUCUUAAAAAUUCCAACUUCAAGAGCAGAAGUGCUACACUAGACCAGAAAACACACCAUCUAUUUGAGGAGAUAUUUCCUUCCUUUGAAAGACUGUUAUCUGCUAUUUCACUGAAAGCAGAACUGGGAAGUGCUGGACACCAAUCUGUGACUGUAGCUGGAAAUCCAAUACACUCAUCCUUAGCGUUACCAGUAGCACUGGAUGCAGUUAAUGAGAUAUUGAGUAAUUAUAAGAAUAAUACCUCUUUCACAGAAGGCAACCAUUUCCCAAGAGGGAACAGAGUAUGCUCAGGUUCAGUCCUUGCAAGCAGGGAACAGCUUCCAAUCGGAAUUGCAACAGCAGCUUUUGACGGCAUCCAUUCUUCCAAAUGGGAAGAGCCUGAUGGAGCCAAAGGAUGUUGGCUGAUUUAUACAAUGCAAGCUGGCAAAAGUUGUGAGUUGGAGUCAUAUGAUUUGAUGUCAGCUAAUGAUGCUCCAGAGAGGGAUCCAAUGGACUGGGUUCUUGAAGGGAGCACAGAUGCAGGUUCCACCUGGAAUCUACUUGAUGCUCGGAAUUCUGAAAUGUUUGAGAGCCGUUUCCUUAGAAAAACAUUUACAGUGGAUAAGAGAUAUAAAGCAAAUGCUUUCCGGUUUAGGUUUCUACGCGUAAGAGAAUCUCAUUCUAAUCCAAGGUUUCAGAUAGGAUCAAUUGAUCUAUAUGGGAAAACUGUAUGAACUUCCCGGAACUGUGUUUCACUUUUAGUGAGGUCAGCAAGUGGAAGCUUUUCUAACCUGCUCGAUUUCGCGAACCUGUGUAGUAUCAUAAAUCCAAUUGUAAUAUGGACAUUUUUUUUAAGGAAUCCGGAGGAGCCAGUGGCUCCUAUGUAAUAUGAACAUUUACUGUGGAAAUAGCAGACAGUAGUAUCAUGAAUGAAUUGAAUAAUUAAGAACAUGGUUUUUUUGUGUGUUU